GCUAACAGGUCUUCACAGUGAUAAAGCUAAUGCGGCUAGGGAAGUGGCAACCAAGCUGACAGCUAAUGUUAGCUAGCAGCACAGACACAACGUUAGUGAGCAUCUUUCGUGAUAAUAUGUAAAAGUUGGUGAACAUGGCGUCAGAGAACUUUAGUUUAACGUUACAAAUAAUACAUAAUAGUUCAUUGACUCUGGCGCGAGCUGUAGCUCUGUUCUCCUGUCCGUAGAGACAUUGUUAGGUCGUUAAAAACACCUGACGUAAUAUCAGCACAACUUUAGCAACGUGUUCGUUUUAGAAGAUCAUUUCGGAGUUCGGUCUGUCACAGGAAUAAGCUGGAGAACCAGUGGAUGAGCACAGAGAACAAUGUCUCCUCCACGGCUCACAGGUGCACUGCGCUCCUUCUCCACUGUCAGCAAGAAGGAGGACUUUACUGAGCAGCUCAAUGAUCUAAAGACCAAACGACUGAAGAGACGGGAGCUGUUUGCCAGAGAGGGCCUGACGUGGCAGAAGAUUGUCCAUUUCUGCAGUGAGCAUCAGGACAAAGCUAAGCAGCAAGCUGCCAGUCAGGAACUGAAGAGCCUCCUUCUGGCAGCCAAACAGAUUGUGGGAACGGAACAUGGUCAGGAGGCCAUUGAAAGUGCAGCCAUCUUUCUGUUUGAAACCUUCCACAACAAAGACCAUGUGGGCACAGAGGAGACCCGGGCCAUCAAACAGAUGUUUGGUCCCUUUCCUUCAUCUGCAGCUGAAGCCUCCUGCUCCUGUGUGGCUCAGCUGGUGGCUUCACUCGGAGAGUCUCGCGUUGAGGACUUUAUCCAGACCCAGAGCUCCCGUCACAACCCCCAACGAGGCUCCACUUUUGGACGCAACAUUGCCUUCUCAUAUGACUGCUACACACUGGACCCACUGGAGGACCUGCCCUGCUCUGGCAUCCAUGAGGAGAAAGUGAGCCUGGACUUCAUCAACUUCCUCAACAACCAGCAGAGCGGAAGAAAGAUGGGUGCUGACGUGUCCAGCUCAGGAAGAUCUGUGAGCUCUGGGGAUGGAACCAUCCUUAGAGGAGAGGUGGAGAAGUAUCUGAACGGAGGCAACAUGAUCUCAUCCAGCCCAGAGGAGCUGUGCACCUCCCUGUUUGAAAUGCUGGCCUCCCACAAGAGUGACGAUGAGCUGCAGAAUGAGCUGUUCGAGCUGCUGGGCCCAGAGGGGCUGGAGAUGAUCUCCACUCUCCUCCAGCAAAGGGUGGCCAUUGUCGACUCCCUGCUCGCCAUCCCACCUGAUAGGACUGGCUACCCACCAGAUGUGAGCCGAAAAGUUGGUGGCGAAGUGAGCAAGCCCACCUAUGGUUGCCAGGUGACCAUCCAUUCAGAGCAGGAGAAGCAAAUGAUGAAGAUGUACCGCAGGGGGGAGAAGAGAGAGAGGAAGAGAGGCAAAGGAACAGAUGACAGCGACUCUUCAGACGCUGUCAUGCCCUUCGACCCCAAAGAGAUGAGAGCCCAGCGGGAGCAGGCCCUGCUGACUGCACGACGGGAGCCUGUACUCAGCAGAGAGAGAGUGUACGAACGCAUUCGAUAUCCCAAUGUCUACGACAGCUACGAAGAGGCCACAAAGUCACCUGCAUUUGUUGGAGGAGCCAGGAUGCUGCUACCCGAGGGAAUCCGCAGAGAGAACAAUAAGAUGUACGAAGAGGUGGAGAUCCCACCCAACGAACCCAUGGCUCUCGGCUUUGAAGAGAAGCCCGUCUACAUCUCUGAACUAGAUGAGAUCGGGCAGCUGGUCUUCAAGGGGAUGAAGCGUCUGAACAGGAUCCAGUCCUUGGUGUUUGAGACGGCCUACAACACCAACGAAAACCUCCUCAUCUGCGCUCCAACUGGCGCCGGCAAGACCAACAUCGCCAUGCUGACAGUCCUUCACGAGAUCCGCCAGCAUCUGCAGCCCGGCGGCGUCAUCAAGAAGGAUGAAUUCAAGGUAGUAUAUGUGGCUCCUAUGAAGGCCCUGGCAGCUGAGAUGACUAAUUACUUCAGUAAGCGUUUGGAGCCACUGGGCAUCGCUGUUAAAGAACUCACUGGAGACAUGCAGCUAACCAAAGGAGAGAUCCUGCGAACACAGAUGUUGGUGACAACUCCAGAGAAGUGGGAUGUUGUGACCAGGAAGAGUGUCGGAGACGUGGCUCUGUCCCAAAUUGUGCGUCUCCUAAUCUUGGAUGAAGUUCACCUUCUCCAUGAAGACCGAGGCCCAGUACUGGAAAGCCUGGUGGCCAGGACCAUCAGACAGGUGGAGUCCACCCAGAGUAUGAUCAGGAUCCUGGGACUGUCAGCCACCCUGCCCAACUAUCUGGAUGUGGCUGCCUUCCUACACGUCAACCCCUACAUUGGCCUCUUUUUCUUCGACAGUCGCUUCAGACCGGUGCCCCUUGGACAGACCUUUGUUGGAAUAAAAACCACCAACAAGAUCCAGCAGCUUCAUGACAUGGAGGAGGUUUGUUACAACAAAGUUCUGGAGCAGGUUAGAGCCGGUCAUCAGGUGAUGGUGUUUGUCCAUGCUCGUAAUGCCACAGUGAGGACGGCCAUGGGGCUGAUCGAGAUGGCAAAGAACCAUGGAGAAAUAAGCUUCUUUCAACCAGACCAAGGCCCUGACUACGGCCAGUGUGAGAAACAGAUCCAACGCUCCAGAAACAAGCAGAUGAAGGAGAUGUUCCCAGAAGGCUUUGGGAUCCACCACGCUGGCAUGCUGCGGUCUGACCGCAGCCUGAUGGAGAGCAUGUUCUCCAAAGGCCACCUUAAGGUGCUGGUCUGUACUGCCACCCUGGCUUGGGGAGUGAACCUGCCAGCCCAUGCAGUCAUCAUCAAGGGUACUCAAAUUUACGACGCCAAGCGCGGCACCCUGGUGGAUCUGGGAAUCCUGGACGUCAUGCAGAUUUUCGGGCGUGCAGGUCGUCCCCAGUUUGACAAGUACGGUGAGGGCACCAUCAUCACCACCCACGACAAGCUGAGCCACUACCUGACCCUGCUCACCCAGCAGAACCCCAUCGAGAGUCAGUUCCUGGACAGCCUGGCCGACAACCUCAACGCUGAGGUGGCUCUGGGGUCAGUCACCAACGUGGAGGAGGCAGUGAAGUGGCUCAGUUAUACUUACCUCUAUGUCCGCAUGAGGGCCAACCCACUGGCAUACGGUAUCAAUCACAAGGCUUAUCAGAUGGAUCCCUCCUUGGAGCUAUACAGGAAGGAGCUGGUGGUAGAGUCAGGCAGAAAGCUGGAUAAGGCCAGGAUGAUCCGCUUCGAGGAGCGCACCGGAUACUUUGCCUCCACUGACCUGGGCCGGACCGCCAGCCACUUCUACAUCAGAUACAACACCAUAGAGACGUUCAAUGAGAAUUUCAACUCUCAGCGAACAGAGGCCGACAUCCUCAGCAUUGUGUCUAAGGCCGAAGAGUUUGAACAGCUUAAGGUCCGUGAUGAGGAGCUGGAGGAGCUGGAUCAGAUGUUGUGUAACUACUGCGAGCUGCCGGCUGCGGGCGGGGUGGAGAACAGCUACGGCAAGAUCAACAUUCUGCUUCAGACAUACAUCAGCCGGGGAGAGGUGGACAGCUUCUCCCUCAUCUCAGACCUGUCGUAUGUGGCACAGAAUGCUGCUCGGAUCAUCAGGGCUUUGUUCGAGAUCGCUCUGAGGAAGCGAUGGCCAGCCAUGACCUACCGGCUGCUCACCCUCUGUAAGGUGAUCGACAAGCGACUGUGGGGCUUUGCCCACCCUCUCCGCCAGUUCCCCAACCUGAGCCAUGUUGUCCUGAACCGCCUGGAGGAGAAGAAGCUCACUGUGGACAAACUGAAGGAAAUGAGGAAAGAUGAGAUUGGUCACAUGCUGCACCACGUCAAUGUCGGGUUAACAGUCAAACAGUGUGUCCACCAGAUCCCUUCCAUCACAAUGGAGGCCAGCAUCCAGCCAAUCACACGCACCGUCCUCCGCGUUCGUCUCAUCGUCACGCCCGACUUUCGCUGGAAUGACCAGGUCCACGGGUCAGUGGGUGAGCCGUGGUGGUUGUGGGUGGAGGAUCCCAUCAAUGAUCACAUCUAUCACUCCGAGUACUUGCUCCUGCAGAAGAAACAGGUGGUAACAGGAGAGCCUCAGCACAUAGUGUUCACCAUCCCUAUCUUUGAGCCGUUGCCCUCCCAGUACUACAUCAAGGCGGUGUCUGACCGCUGGCUCGGGGCCGAGGCCGUCUGCAUCAUUAACUUCCAGAACCUCAUCUUACCCGAGAGACACCCCCCACACACUGAGCUGCUGGACCUGCAGCCGUUGCCGGUGACAGCUCUGGGUAACCGGGAGUAUGAGUGCCUGUACAAGUUCACUCACUUCAACCCCAUCCAGACUCAGAUCUUCCACACGUUGUAUCACACCGACACCAACGUCCUGCUGGGGGCCCCAACAGGCUCUGGUAAAACCAUUGCGGCGGAGAUGGCCAUGUUCCGGGUCUUCAACAAGUAUCCAACCUCUAAGGUGGUGUACAUCGCCCCCCUGAAAGCCCUGGUCAGAGAGAGAAUAGAAGACUGGAAGAUCAGGAUUGAGGAGAAACUGGGGAAGAAAGUGGUGGAACUGACAGGCGACGUGACUCCAGACAUGAGAGCUAUAGCGCAGGCUGACCUCAUUGUCACCACGCCAGAGAAGUGGGAUGGAGUGAGCAGAAGCUGGCAGAACCGAAGUUACGUGCAGAAAGUCGCCAUUCUCAUCAUUGAUGAGAUCCACCUGCUGGGUGAGGACAGGGGGCCGGUGUUGGAGGUCCUUGUGUCCAGGACCAACUUCAUCUCCUCUCACACUUCUAAGAGCGUCAGAGUAGUCGGCCUGUCCACGGCUCUGGCCAACGCUCGAGACCUCGCUGACUGGCUGGGAAUCGGACAGGUGGGUUUGUUUAACUUCCGUCCGUCUGUUCGCCCUGUGCCGCUGGAAGUUCACAUCCAUGGUUUCCCGGGACAACACUACUGCCCCCGCAUGGCCAGCAUGAACAAGCCUACCUUCCAAGCGAUACGCAGCCACUCCCCAGCCAAGCCGGUGCUGAUUUUUGUGUCAUCACGACGGCAAACUCGACUGACUGCCCUGGACCUCAUCGCCUACCUGGCCACAGAGGACAACCCCAAACAGUGGCUACACCAGGACGAGAGAGAGAUAGAGGAUAUCAUUGCCACAGUAAGGGAUUCCAACCUGAAGCUGACGCUGGCCUUUGGGAUCGGCAUGCAUCAUGCUGGCCUGCAUGAGAGAGACAGGAAGACAGUGGAGGAGCUGUUUGUCAACUGUAAGAUCCAGGUAUUGAUUGCCACCAGUACUCUGGCCUGGGGGGUGAACUUCCCCGCUCACCUGGUGGUCGUCAAGGGAACGGAAUACUAUGAUGGCAAGUCCAGGCGCUACGUGGACUACCCCAUUACAGAUGUUCUGCAGAUGAUGGGGCGAGCAGGUCGCCCUCAAUUCGACGACCAGGGCAAAGCAGUUAUCCUUGUCCACGACAUCAAGAAGGAUUUCUACAAGAAGUUCCUCUACGAGCCUUUCCCUGUUGAAUCCAGCCUCCUCGAUGUGCUGUCAGACCAUCUGAAUGCUGAGAUUGCUGCAGGAACCAUCGCAUCCAAACAGGAUGCAAUGGACUACAUCACCUGGACCUACUUCUUCAGACGGCUGGUGAUGAACCCCAGUUAUUACAGCCUAGAGGACAUCAGCCACGAGUCCAUUAACAAAUACCUGUCCAACCUGGUGGAGAGAAGCCUGCGGGACCUGGAGUGCUCUUACUGUAUAGAGAUAAAAGAGGAUGAUCUGACCAUUGAGCCAAUGACUUACGGUCGUAUCGCCUCCUAUUACUACCUGAAGCAUCAGACCGUCCGCAUGUUUAAAGAACGACUAAAGCCUGAGCUGCCCAUCCACGAGCUGCUCUCCAUUCUGUCGGAAGCAGAGGAGUAUGCAGAGCUACCCGUCAGACACAACGAGGACCAGCUGAACAGCCAGCUGGCUCAGCAGCUCCCCCUGCAGGUCAACCCCCACUCCUACGACAGUGCCCACACCAAGACUCACCUGCUGCUGCAGGCCCACUUCAGCCACGCCCAGCUGCCAUGCAGCGACUACAACACCGAUACCAAGACAGUGCUGGACAACACCAUCCGAAUCUGUCAGGCAAUGCUGGAUGUAGCUGCCAACGAAGGCUGGCUCGUUACAGCCAUCAGCAUCUGCAAUCUGGUGCAGAUGAUCAUCCAGGGCCGCUGGCUGCACGACUCCUCAUUACAGACGCUGCCGCACGUAGAACAGCAAGACCUCUAUCUGUUCAGGAAAUGGGCAAACAGGAAGGGGAGGAGCGAUGCGGGAGGCUUCAACGGGCCAAUCGAAGGACUCCCUGAGCUGAUUGCUGCCUGCAACGGAAAGGAAAAUGUCUUUGCCUCUAUUGUCGGCCAAGAGUUUAACUCAAGUCAGGUUGCCCAGGCGUGGUCCUUCCUGAGUCACCUCCCAGUGCUGGAGGUUGAGAUGAGCGUGAAGGGCUGGUGGGAGGGGAGCCAGGAGCAGACAGAGCGUCGCCUGCCUGCAGCAGGAGCUAACCUGAGGGAGGAGAAGCGCUGGCUUGAUGUCCACUCUGACCAGGAGUAUGUCCUGCAGGUGUCACUGAGACGCAUCAACCUGGGCCACCAGAGGAGGAAGCAGGACAGUAAGGCCCAGGCUCCCAGGUUCCCCAAGACGAAGGAUGAAGGCUGGUUCCUGGUCAUGGGGGAGGUGGAUCGCAGGGAGCUGCUGGCUGUCAAGAGGGUUGGAUACGUGCGCAACCACACAGCUGUGUCUGUGGCCUUCUACACACCAGAGAAGACUGGAAAGUGUAUCUACACACUGUACCUGAUGAGUGAUAGCUACCUGGGUCUGGACCAGCAGUACGACAUCCACCUGAAUGUAACAUCUGCCAGCAUCGCCGCUCAGGUCAACACAGAGGUGUCUGACUCUGUGACUGAGCUGUCCCUCAACUGAGGAGCAGUGGCAGAAAGCACACACACAGCAGCAGCGACAGCAGCAGGGGAGCUCCAGGAACGUCCGCAGUGAUCAGCAGGAAUUUCUGCCGUCCCCAACUGAACAGUGCAUUCCAGUGAUCAUUGGAAUUUACUAUUUUCCUCUGCCCACAUUAUAUCAGCUUCCCUCUUCUGUGGUCAUUGGCAGUGACCGUCACCUCUUACUUUAAACUUGUGACUGCAUUGUCUAUUGGGGCUACUGUUAGAGCAGAAAAGGGUACAUUAGUAACUCGUCUAUGGAUUUCUCUGAUGGGGGUGUGUGGUAAAUGGGGGGUUCUGGAAGAGUCUCAUGUUUUAGUUCAGUUAAAUAUAUAUUAUGUUUUUGUUUUAUUGACUGACCCUCAUUUAACACUGAAUUACAGCACAUUCUGACCCCACCUCAAUCAGUGAUGUCACAGCAGAGAAUUUGACCUUUGACUAGUGACACGAAAUACCUUCCGUAGCAUCACUGGUGGACAAUAGUGUCCCAUUUCUGAAGGUGCCUCCUUCAGAGUCUGUUUUUCUGGAUAAAUACAUUAUGACAAGCCAUGAAAUAAACCAGUCCUCAAUUAAUGAAAAACCUGGGAAAGGUGAGACCUCAGUAUGCACAUCCAAAGGCAAAAUGAACUCUUCCUAAGUCCCACCCCUUUUUGCUCUGUGCUCCAAUAACAGUUGAGCAAGCAUCGGACAUCGGAUCAGACAACUUUUUCCUUUCCUGUCCUUAGAUAUGCUACGUGCUAGGCUAAUCUAUGUUGAAAAGAGUAUAAAUUAGCUAAUGUUAGCCAAAUUCUAGCAAACAGUAGAAAGUUCUAGUGAUUGCUGUAGAUUAGCUAGCUAGUUAGCUAGUGUUUUGCCAACAUUAUCUUUCAGAUGUAACGAGCUAGUAGUAGUUUGUUUAUAGCCUAACGUUAGCGAUGGCAUUUAUGCUUCAAAAAUCAUAAAAGUAGAGUUCAUUUGGAAAGAUUUUCUUCCUGAACAAAAUGUUAAAGCAUCAGAAACUGGGUUUGCCACAGAGCUUAUUUUCUGUAAUAAUCCAAAAUCCAAUGAAAAACCCCACUGGCUUUUUGUCAAAGGAACCAGGGCGAUGCUCAUUUACAGCUUGGCCUACAAAAAUACGUCAUCCCUGCAGAGCGCUGUAAUAAGCCACAUCCACUGAAGGACGCAGCACUGAAAUGGGACAGAACUUCAUUUCACUUUCAUUUUGUAUGCACUGUAGUUUGUCUGCACAAAGUGAGCUCCACAACAUUUAUGUAACAGAGGAUGUCAACAAGUCACCAGUUAUCCUUUCAUAGACCGAGGAGGAGAAGAAGGUCUGCUGAGCAUCCCACAAAAUGUGUCUCUUGCCAAUUUAACUGAGAAACAAUAUUCACAGAGUUUCCCUGUGCAUUCAGAUGAUAAAGCUCUCUUCAUUAGACACUAGCCAACCUAUGCUUCCACUCUGGUCUCACCAGCACUUUCAGAAUAACCUAGACUAUAAUAUUGCUGGACUUUGUGUCAUGAAAUGUGGUCAGAAUGCAACAUGCUUUAGAUUCAGCUGGACAGAGAAUAAUACAGCAGUGCCCAUCUUCCCUGUGUCACUCUCCAUCUGUUGUUUACUGGACCAGCAAUGUAGGAAAGAGGUGAACUUAAGUUUUAGGGAUUUUCUUUAAAAAGAUGGGAACAUGUAAACUGAACCAAUUCAUAACAACCACCGUGGCCUUAUGGGAAAUAGCAAGUGGUAGUUGUAGAUGAGACGGUGAGUCUUCAGUGUGCCGAACAGGAACAUGCUGACAGUAUUUACUGACUCUGCUGGAGUGGAUUUCAGUGCAGGUGUGUGAAACAUGCUUCUUUCCACUACAGGGCUUCGCUCAGGAUCACCAAACUGUCACAUCUGUUUUGUCAAAUAAAUCUCCUCCUCCUCUUCCUCCUCCUCCUCCUCCCUAGAAGUCUUCCUCAGUUACUCAGAAGUGUCCCCAGCUGAAAACUUGUAAUAACACACUGAGGUAGUGGAGAAAUAUCACAUAAUACAGACAAGAGAGCAAAACCCACCAGACUACACCUUAACCUGAAACGACUUCAGAAGAAUUCCGUUUUGGAUUAGUGGUUAUGAGAACAGAAAUGUACAGUGGUUGACAUUUUGAAAUAAAUGUGUAGAUCAGCUUUAAAAUAAAACUUAUCAUUUCACUCAAA